AUGUCCCAUAAAGAGGGGAUCGAAUGGAGCAACCUUCCAAAGACUUUCCAAGACGCAAUCGAGAUAUUCAGGGAAUCACGUACUUUGCAUUGUGCAAACGACUCUGAUGACUGGGAGAAAGAGGCUGUGCUCAUGGCCGAUAUCUAUACCAACAGCUAUCUAAAUAUUGCCGCAACAGCAGCCAAGUAUAGUACAGCGGGUUGUUUCAAUGAUCGUGAAAUCAAAUAUUUCUUCGGAGGUGUCUCCAUAAGCUCCUUUCAGAUACCUCAUGAUGGUAAUGAUAUUUCAAAGGUCUUUAUUAGGCCAUCUUUCGAGCCAAUUCACCGCCGGUUUACUACCAGUGGGAAACGACGAUACAACCACCCGGCUGCCUCUGACAACGAUGCGCUUCCACUUUUGACCAGAGCCUGGGUUUAUCAAGAGCGAAUGCUUGCCUCUCGUACACUACAUUUUCACCCAUCCGAAAUGAUACUGGAGUGCAGGAGUGGUCUUUUCUGCGAAUGCGCGGACUCUAACAUCAACCAAGAUAUAUUUUCGAUAUCGGAAAGUGCGGUAUUGGAUAGAUGGCUGAACAUAGUGGGUGAAUAUUGCAAGCUGGCUCUGACUAAGCAUGAUGAUCGAGCAAUUGCUAUUCUGGGCGUAGCAAAUAUAUUCCAAAGGCGACUCGGGAGCAAAUAUCUAGCUGAUAUUGCUAGGGCUUUGUUGUGGGACGCUAGUCUCCAGUCUGGGAGAAUAGUAUAUCGAUUUGACAGACCUACAGCACUAAGCUGGUCUUGGAUAUCACUUAUCAUGUUUCCAGUAGGAACAGCUGCAUUCUAUGGCAGACCAACCUUUACAUCAUUUCAGGUUCACGAAUGUUUCAGGUUUGAGGGUACAGAUAUGUCUGGUGUUACUAACGAUUCUCGUACGGCUCUUAAACUUGGCUCAAUAAGAGUCAGAGCUACAUACAUAUCCGCUACACUGAUUCACAGCCAUCGAAACAGAGGUCCUGGAAGAUCAGGUCUUUUCGAAACUUCGCUCUUGGUGGAGGAAAUGCUUGAUGAGUUCGUUUUAAUUAUGUGGUCAUCUAUGGAUCUGGAUGUUUCGGAGGAUCAAGAAUGGUGCGUUGAGAAUUUCUCGACGGUUGAAUGUCUAUUUGUAGGUACCAUGUCAGUCGUAGAUGCCGAUAGUGUUGAUGAGUCUGAAACUCCCGUCGUGUGUGCCCUCGUGUGCAAACAGCCAGAUUCGAAGUGCGAUGGAUAUCAAUGGGUUGGCCUUUCGAAUUUAUAUAGAAAUUGUUAUCGAUUGGAGAAGAGCGGCGUAUUCGAUUUGAAAUGA